AACAAUGACUUUGCUUGAAGAGCAUCGAUUUGUGUGGAAAAAAAAAGGAUGUUCUAUUAUGUCUGAUGGAUGGACUGACAAGAAAAGACGAUCUAUAUGUAAUUUCUUAGUGAAUAGUGAGAAGGGGACGAUCUUUUUGCAAUCCACUGACACAUCUGAUAUCUCAAAGACAGCAGAUAAGGUUUUUGAAAUGUUAAAUGAAAUUGUGGAUAAAGUUGGUGAACAAAAUGUUGUGCAAGUAAUCACCGAUAAUGCAGCAAAUUAUAAAGCAGCAGGAGAGAUGUUGAUGUGUAAGAGAAAAUGCAUUUUUUGGACACCAUGUGCAGCUCAUUGCAUUGAUUUGAUGCUUGAAAACUUUGAGAAAAAAUUAAAAAUCCACGAAGUCACAAUUUCAAAGGCAAGAAGAAUUUCAACUUUCAUAUAUUCGAGGACUCUUCUCAUAUUUCAAUUAAGAAAAUGUACAAAGGGAAGAGAUAUAAUCCGGCCUGCUGUUACAAGAUUUGCAACUGCAUAUUUGUCUUUGAGUUGUAUUAAUGAACUUAAAAGUGGUUUGCAACAGUUGUUCACAUCUGAUUUUUGGAAGACUAGUCGAUUUUCAAAGAUACAGGAGGGAAAGUUUGUUCAAAAGACCAUUUUAGAUGGGAGGUUUUGGCGUAAUGUAGUUACAUGUCUGAAGGCAGCAAGUCCUCUCAUUAAAGCACUUCGAUUGGUAGACUCUGAAGAGCCUACUAUGGGUUUUAUUUAUAAGGCAAUGGAAGCUGCAAAGGAGAAAAUAAAAGUCAACUUUGGCGGCGAGAAAAAACUUUAUGAACCGGUAUGGAAGAUUAUUGAUGAAAGAUGGAAAAAUCAACUUCAUCACCCAUUACAUGCUGCAGGUUAUUUUUUGAACCCUGUGUAUCAAUAUAGCCUAGAUUUUGAAGCGGAUUCAAGGGUAAAAAAUGGACUUUAUGACUGCAUGGAGCGAAUGAUAGAUGAUCGAGAUGUGAGAAGUGCGAUUCAUGCACAAUUGGAAUCCUUCAAGAAAGCAAAAGGGCUGUUUGGUCGUGAUGCAGCAAAGUUAACCAUAGGUAAAAAAUCUCCUGCAGAGUGGUGGGAUUCUUUUGGUGAUGAUUGUCCUGAAUUGCAGAAUUGGGCUAUACGUAUAUUGAGUUUGACUUGCAGCUCGUCUGGAUGCGAACGUAAUUGGAGUGCUUUUGAGAUGGUUCAUACAAAAAAGAGAAAUCGCUUGCAUCAGAAGAAAAUGAAUGACUUAGUAUUUGUUUACUAUAACUUGAAGAUGCAAGGGAAGAAGUCCAAGGAAGUUAGUCAAACUCCAACUACUUUUGAAGAGUUCCCCUCUGAUGAUGAAUGGAUAACUGAAGCACCUAGUUCUGCAGGAUUGAAUUUAGUGGAUGAAGAUUAUGAUGCUAACAUAAAUAAUGAUCCUUUAGAGCUAAUUAACCUUGUUGAUGAUGUAGAUAAUUUAGAGGACACGGAGAUUACCAGUGUUCAUGUAGGAGUUGAGAGUAACAUAGGUGAUAAAGAUGCUAUAGGAUGUGAUAAUGAGCUUGAUGGUACUGAUGAUUUUGAUGCUGAGGAUGAAGAUGAAGAUGGAGUUGAUGAUUUGGAUGUCACCAUGGAUGAUUUAUCUUAGUAGUAUUGCUUUUUCUUUAGUUUUUAGUCAUCAAAUUUUUAUUGUUUUGGGAUUUGGAUUAUCAGUUGUAAAUUUGAACCUUUGUUAGUUUGUUUCCUUUUAUCAAAUUUGGACAAUGGAAGUUUAUUUGGUGUAUUAAAUA